AUGGGAAUUGAUAUCAACCAUAAGAAUGACCGCAAGGUUCGCCGCACGGCUCCAAAGAGCGAGGAUCCCUAUCUCCGUGUACUUGUGAAGGUCUAUCGCUAUCUCGCCAACCGCACAGGAAAGAAGUUCAACAGCAUUGUUCUCAAGAGGCUUUUUAUGGCUCGCAGACACCGUGCUCCAAUUUCGAUUGCCCGUAUCGCUCGUUUCCUCAAGCGCAAAGGGAACGACAACAAAAUCGUCGUUACCUGCAGCACCGUCACCGAUGAUGUUCGUCUCAACGAGGUUCCCAAGUUCACUCUUGCCGCUCUCCGUGUUACCGAAGGAGCCCGUGCUCGUAUCCUGAAGGCUGGAGGAGAGAUCAUUACCUUGGACCAACUUGCCCAGCGUUCUCCUCAUGGGGAAAACACACUUCUCAUUCAAGGACCCCGAAAGGCUCGUGAAGCUGAGAAACACUUUGGAAAGGCGCCUGGAGUUCCACACAGUCAUGCUAAACCUUUGGUGCGCGCCAAGGGCCGAAAGUUCGAGCGUGCUAGAGGCAGAAGGGCAUCAAGAGGAUACAAAGCC